UGCCAAUGGGAGCGGGCGGUGUUGGGGUGUGGGAGAAGCGCGGCGCGCUGGAGUGUGGGAGCCGGGUGGAGAGGGCCCGGUGCUGCUCCGUCGCCCCUCCGUCCCUUCCUCUCUCCUUUCAGGGCCCACAGGCGCUCGGCAUGGGGCUGCUAACCGAGCUGGCCCGCGGGCUAGUGCGGGGCGCCGACCGCAUGUCCCCGUUCACCAGCAAGCGCGGCCCUCGGAGCUACAACAAGGGCCGGGGGGCUAAGAAGCUGGGCGUGCUGACCUCCAACAAGAAGUUCAUCCUCAUCAAGGAGAUGGUGCCGCAGUUCGUCGUCCCCGACCUGGCAGGCUUCAAGCUCAAGCCCUACGUCUCGUACCGCGCUCCCCAAGGAUCGGAGCCACCCAUGACGGCCAAGCAGCUCUUCACCGAGUUGGUGGCACCGCACAUCGAGAAGGACGUGAAGGAGGGAACCUUCGACCCAAACGCGCUGGAGAAGUACGGCUUCGAGCCGACGCAGGAGGGGAAGCUCUUCCAGCUUUUCCCCAAGAACUAUGUGCGCUAGGGGACAUGCGGGGCUCCUCCGGUGUGCUGAGCUGGGCAGCAGCAUUGUGGGAGACUUGGCCUGCUCCUGCAGUUCGGGACUGUUUCGUUCACUGAGUAUUAAAAGCAAGUCCUUCUAUUUUA